CCUGAUUCCCCACCACUCUUCGCCACUGUGUCGCCUCCCCCUCCCGAUUCGCUCCUCUUGGGAGAUCCCUCAAUCUCCCGAUUUGAUCCUUUGUUCGACGUCGUUACAUGGCGGAGAUCGAUGUGAUCGUCGACUCCAAAUCCGAGCACGGCGUCCGUGAUCCUCACGCUAGUUCGGCCUCUCCGAACACCGAGCUCGUCGUCGACGUCUGCUCCGCGUGCGCCUACGGCGACCUCGAGAAGCUCCGGGGCUUCGUGGAGAGAGACGGGCAGUCCGUGUCUACCCCUGAUCGGAAUGGGUACUACGCCAUCCAGUGGGCUGCCCUCAACAAUUUUCCUAACGUGGUUCUGUAUGUAAUCGAGCACGGGGGAGAUGUAAACGCUAGUGACCACAGGAAGCAAACGGCUCUGCAUUGGGCCGCAGUAAAUGGGUCUAUUCCCGUGGCAGAUGUAUUGUUGCAGAAUGGAGCUCGGGUUGAGGCGGUUGACAUUAGUGGUUACCGGGCAGUUCAUGUUGCAGCACAGUAUGGACAAACAUCAUUCUUGAAUCGCAUUAUUGCCAAGUAUGGUGCCGACCAUGAUGCCACAGAUAAUGAUGGGAGAAGUCCACUUCAUUGGGCUGCUUAUAAGGGAUAUACAGAUGUUAUCAGGCUACUUCUUUUCAGAAAUGCAUACCAAGGGAAGCAAGAUGGAAAUGGCUGUACGCCUUUGCAUUGGGCUGCAUUGAGUGGCAAUCUGGAGGGAUGUACUGUGCUUGUGCAUGCAGGCAAUAAGAGAGAAUUAGUGGUGAAGGAUAGAAAUGGCUUCACUCCUGCCAACCUUGCUGCCAACAGGGGUUAUCGACAUGUCGCAUACAUUCUUAGUAAUGCAGGAAAAACAAGAGGCAAUUUUUGUAAAGGCAGGAUGUUUUCUGGAACAACUGGAACAGUUGGAUAUGCUCCUAUCCUUCUGUUUUUGAUAAUCAUUUUAGUCAUUCUCUUCAUAAAUUCCAUUAUGUUAGGACCUGGUUUUCCUGAGGCUACUACAGUUGUUUUGCUUUCGGGAUGGAUUGGUGUAUCUUUGGCACUUAGUUCUCUAAUAAUGUUUUAUAGAUGCAGCAGCAAGGAUCCAGGUUAUAUCAAACCUAACUCAGGAAAAUCUGAAACUCGUGAAAGUGAUCCUCUGUUGGACAUUGACUUCAACAACUCUACUUGGACAGGAAGUUGGUCUCAACUCUGCCCUACAUGUAAGAUAAUCCGACCUGUUCGGUCUAAGCACUGUCCUCAAUGUAAGCACUGUGUGGAGCAGUUCGAUCAUCACUGUCCUUGGAUAUCCAAUUGCGUUGGUAAGAAUAACAGAUGGGACUUUUUUGUUUUUGUCUUUAUGGGAGCAUUGACAUCGUCCAUUGGUGCUGCCGUUGCUAUGCACAGGUUAUGGACAUGGUCACCGCAGAUUCCCUCAUCUGAGACAUGGAUGCAUCUUGUCAUGCUUGAACAUCCUGGUGCUGUUUCAUUCAUGGUGAUGGAUGUUAUUUUGCUAUCUGGAACUCUGACUUUGACGGUGACACAGGCAUACCAGGUAGCUCGAAAUAUCACAACCAACGAGUUAGCAAAUUCUGCUCGGUAUUCUUAUCUUCGGGGUGCGGAUGGCCAUUUCCGCAAUCCUUAUAAUCACGGAUGCCAUAAGAACUGCUCAGAUUUCCUUAUUCGUGGGUACAUUGAUGAUGAAAUAGCUUGGCCGUCGCUCCAACAAGCUGUACCGCAUAAGCAUACAAAAAUAUGAGAUUCAAUUAUCACACAGCCACAUCUUCUUACCCUUCAUUCUCGUCUUCACAACUCCCUUGGCACGUCAGUAGGUGCCAUCGAGUAUCUCUAUCUUCUAAACUUAAUACUUGAAAGACUGGGUUGAGUGUAUAAGCUGCUGUUGCUCUGGUGGAUGUUUCAGGGACUACUUUCACACCAGGUUCUACGAUAAGAGGGGGAAGUGAAUUCUGGAGCAGCUCCAGUAUUUAUAGCUAACUUGUAUUUUUAUGAUGCAAUAAUUAAUAUUGGUUGUAAAUCAAGAAAAUAUAAGAUCACAGCACGUCACGUUGAAUAUUCCGUAUAGCAAAAGUGAUCAGUUGUAUGGUGUGCAAGGAGACUGAUUCGGAAUAGUAUCAAGUGGUGAAUAAUAAACAAUCUAAAGUUGCAGUUAAAAUGCCUAUGUUUUCAUGCA